GUAUCAUCCCAGAUGCAAGCAGCGCAGCAGACGACAACCGUCCAACCAAUGAAAGUCGGAAAUGGUUCCAAAGUUUUCAGAAAUGGAGAAAGGCGAGUAUUUUGGCGGUUCUGAGCGUCUGAUGCGGGUUAUAACGCGCAAAAAAGAGAGCUGAUAUUCCUAUUUUUAUGAACUUUAUUGAGAAGGUUUAAUAAAUAAGUUCCAACAUGAAUGAGACAGUUGGACAGUUUAUGACAAGUAGGGAUGCUCAAGAGAAGUGCAGUAAAUGGAUGGAAAAUGUAAAAAAUCUCCACAUUUUUAAUGAAAAUGGCAAACACAAAUUGGAAAGUGACUCUGAAGAAACCAUCGAUACAGAUUCUGAAUUUACCUCUGUUUCCAAGUGUGAUGUCAAAAGGAGGAAAUUGGGCGUACAGUUAAAGUCUGAAAAGUUAAACCUAGUGUGCGAAUGGAGAGAAUGUGAAUUUAGCAGUAAAUCAAUGGAUGCUUUUGUUAAGCAUGUAGCAAAUCAUGUUUCUGAGCUUGAUAUCAAAAUAACAUCAGAUAUAGAAGUUUAUGCUUGCUUAUGGUCAGGCUGCAAUUACGAAAGUGAAGUUAAUACAGAUAUUAUGCGUCACGUGAACUAUCAUGCUUUUCAUUCCAAGUUAAAAUGUAUAGGACUGAAUGUGAGAGGAAGAACAAAACUACCUAAAUGCCGUCGUGACACAGACUGGAAAAAUAUCUUGGAUUCACUGCCUCCACAUGAAUGCCAAUGGGAAGAUUGUGCUAGAAAUUUCAAUAAUUAUCAGUUAUUUUUAUAUCAUAUUUCAAUCCAUGUUGAAAAUAACCCUCGUGGUAACAAAGUAGAAGGAGGGAUAUCGUGCUUAUGGACAGGCUGUAAAAGCAAAUAUCCUAGCGUAUAUAAACUUCGAGAACAUAUGAGAGUUCAUACUAAAGAAAAGAUUAUUGCCUGUCCAGACUGUGGUUCCAUGUUUAGCUCUAAUACAAAGUUUCAUGAUCACUGUAAACGACAAAUUCCUUUAGAAGUACAAGGAUUCCAGUGUUCCCAUUGCAAUAAAUUUUAUCCAACAGAAUGUAUUCUAAGAGAGCAUAUGAGAAAUCAUAUUUUUCAUUAUAAAUGCAAUAUGUGUAAUAUGAGUUGUGAAUCUCCUUCUGGAUUAGCAAAACAUGUUCUUUAUAGACACACAACUACUAGAAACUUUCCUUGUACUAUGUGUUCUCAUGCUGCUAAAACCCAACAGGAUCUAGAUUCACAUAUGUCCUUACAUACCACUGGAUCAAAUUAUAUUUGUAAUGUUGAAGGUUGCUUGUAUUCUUGUAAAAAUGCUUACACAUUAGACAGGCAUGUAGAAAAAGCUCAUCGAUUGGAAAUUCGAUGGUACUGUUGUCAUGAGUGUCCCAUAAAAUACCGGAAAAGUUAUAGAUUAACUAGACACUUGAUUGAUGCUCACCAUUUACAAUGGCUGAGUGGUCAUAGAAGAUUCCAGUACAUACUUGAAGAAGAUGGUUGUUAUAGGCUACAAACUGUUAGAUACGAAAGUAUAGAGGAUGAUGAAAAUGUGAACACAGCUGAAAAAUCCCAUGCUUCCAAAGAAAAUAAUAAAGAAGAAAAAUGUAUUGUCAAACCAGAGGCAUUAAAAGUUGAUAACGAAUAUGAUCGAUCCUCAAAAUCAAUGCCAACAAUUCAAAAUAUUUUAAUAUCCAUUGAUGAAAUAGAUGAACACGGAAAUAUUAUUCACAGCAAAAUUAUUGAAACACAAGAAACUACUGAAUUACCGCCGUCUGCUGAACCUCCAAUUAUUUUAACAUAACGACUUGCUCGCUUUUAAUUUAGAAGAUCAGUUUUACUUUAUUUAUUAUUACAAUGUACAAAAUACAUUAUUUUUUCAACGUUUGUUGUAUCUAACAACAUCCUUAGUUAUGUAGGAAUAUAAAAUUAUACCACCUAGCCCACUAUAAACUCAAAACAUUGUGACGUUACAAGAUAAUAAGACUUAUUAGAUGACACGUAAAUUUUAGAGUUAAAGAUAAACAAGUACUUUCUUUCAAAUGAAAUGUAAAUAUCUAUAUAUAUAUAUAUAUAUUAUAUGAGUGACUAUAGAAAUUGUUUUUAAUGUUGUAGACCCUAAGCAAUAAAAACUCACUUAGAGAUUCUUACAAAAA